CAAAGUGGAAAACUGCAGUGCGCUUUGCCUCUCUUUCCUCUCGUGCCCUUGGAUUUGGAUAAUCUACUAACAGAUUGCCCAAUAGGAGGGGCAAAAAUUGUCGACACAGGUUAUGGUUCAUUCCUUCGAAUGAUUGUCUGGUUGAACAUGAACCGAGUCAAAGACCAGUCUGCUAGUUUCAGAACAUUUUUUUUUCACUUGUUUGCUUUUGAGAUAUACAGCUAUGCAAUUGAGUUAUUGCAUAACAGCAGAAAAUGUAUCACACAUUCAAAAUCAUUUAGUUGUCUUCUUUUCGUCUUUUGACAGAACUCUCGCAAGAAACUAACAUUUUCAAUAGAUUAAGAUUACCAUUACACCAUUUUAGCUAGAUUACCAUUACACCAUUUUAGCUAGAUCUUUACUGAAUAUAUCGCUCAAUAAUCGUUAGAAUUCUAUAGAGAUCGAAGAGCACAGGUUACGUUGGCUGCCAAACAGUGGCCCUGCAAGCCCUCGUCUUAAAUGGACAAGUAUGGAAGGAGAAAGGGAAAUCAUAUCAUGUCUGCAUGUCAUGAUUUGGGUUAAUAUGAAUCUCUAUUGAAUCCUAAAUGGAAAUUGUGACUUAUCUGCAUGUCAGCAGGUGGUAAUUGACGAGAAAUAUAUUUGCAAAUCAACGUUUGUUUUACAAAUUUACCUAUUAAUUAUAACUUGAAAUAGAAAACUUGAAGUUGUAAAACUUGUUUACGAAGUAUUUACCUGAAAUAUUUCAAAUAAAAAUUCAUGUCAAAAUGCAAUUUCAACACAUUAUUAGAUUGCCACAAAACUAUUCCAUUCACUAGAUAACUAACUUUCUUUUUCUCCCUUAUUGACUGUUGUUCCUUGUCUCUCUCUCAAUCUCUCUCUCUCUCUCUCUCUCUCUCUAUCUGUCUAUGUUCCAUACCUCUUUUCUUUUGUAUUAUUAAUGAUAUGAGUUCAUGACCUUUUCAGCAUUGUUUCUACUCGUACGUCCACAGUUCCCAUUGUUGUAAAUGCAACAUUCAGAAAAUUUGAUAUCCAAGUGACAUAUUACUACGUGACCCAAAUUAUUUUACAUUAUGAUUUUGCUGGAGAUGGAACCAAUGGCUUCUGCUAUUGGAGUAUCAAUACCGGUGCUUCGUUUCAUACUAUGUUUCGUUGCAACCAUUCCUGUGAGUUUUUUCCAUAGAUUUGUUCCUUGCACCAAUGGUAGGCAUAUUUAUGCUGCCAUAUCAGGUGCUGUUCUGUCCUACAUGUCGUUUGGAUUGUCGUCCAAUUUUCAUUUCUUGGUGCCUAUGCUUUUGGGUUAUGCUUCUAUGGUUUUCUGCCGUCCUUAUUGCGGGAUCAUCACUUUCUUCCUUGCAUUUGGAUAUCUUAUUGGAUGCCAUGUGUACUACAUGAGUGGUGAUGCAUGGAAAAAGGGAGGAAUGGAUGCUACAGGAGCUCUUAUGGUGAUUUCGCUGAAAAUAAUUUCAAGCGUGAUGAAUUACCAAGAUGGAUUAUUGAAGGAGGAAGAUUUGCGUGAGGCUCAAAAGAAAAAUCAUUUGCUCAAGUUGCCAUCAUUACUUGAGUACUUUGGUUACUGUCUCUGUUGUGGAAGUCAUUUUGCAGGACCAGUAUAUGAAAUAAAGGAUUACCUUGUAUGGACAGAGAGAAAUGGUAUCUGGAAACCUUCAGACAAAGGACAACCAUCGCCUUUUGGGGCAACGUUAAGGGCUAUUCUUCAAGCUGGUCUAUGUAUGGGAUUGUAUAUCUAUCUGGUGCCUCUUUUCCCAAUUUCUAAGUUCUUGGAUCCAGUGUACCACGAAUGGGGUUUCUGGACACGGUUGGGUUACCAAUAUAUGGCUAGCUUUACUGCACGAUGUAAAUAUUAUUUCAUAUGGUCAAUCUCAGAAGUUGCUAUCCUUGUAUCUGGUUUCGGUUUCAGUGGUUGGACAGACAUGACUAAUCCACCAAAACCACAGUGGGACCGUGCUAAAAAUGUUGACAUAUUAGGUGUUGAGCUUGCAAAGAGCUCAGUUCAGAUACCUCUUGUAUGGAACAUUCAAGUUAGCACCUGGCUGAGGCACUAUGUAUACGAGAGGCUUAUACAGAAGGGAAGGAAGCCUGAUUUCUUCCAGUUGCUGGCCACACAGACUGUUAGUGCUGUAUGGCAUGGGUUAUAUCCUGGCUACAUCAUAUUCUUUGUUCAGUCUGCUUUGAUGAUUGCUGGAUCAAGAGUCAUUUACAGAUGGCAUCAAGCUACAAGUAGUGCUCAGUUUCAAAAGAUGCUGGUAUUCAUGAACUUUGUAUAUACACUGCUGGUGCUGAACUACUCUGCUGUUGGAUUCAUGGUCCUAAGCCUGCAUGAAACACUUACUGCUUAUGGAAGUGUAUACUAUAUUGGAAGUAUUGUACCAAUUCUAGUGCUCCUUCUUGGUAAAAUGAUUCAGCCAGCAAAACCCGUAAGAUCUAGAGCCAAAAAAGAAGAAUGAAUCAGAAUCUGGUUUCUGGAGAUUGUUUUUUAGAGUUCUUGGUGGAAGAGUAGUGCUGUUCUGAUUUGUAUAAAUCAUCAGUUUUGAUUGCUGUAAAGUUCUAGUUAGUUCAGCUGUUGGAGUUCAUUCAUUAUUUUUGUGCAAAAUGCCCUUCAAAGGCACUGGUCUUUAAUUUUUGCCCCUCAAAUUUGAAAUCUUUAAUUUUUGUCGUUCGCCUAAAAUCCAUGGGUUCUGGGUUUGAAUCAUAGCUCAGUCAAAUAUUAAAAAAAAAAAAAAUUGCAAGGCAGAUGUUCGUAGCAAAGUUAGGCCUAUUCAGGCAUAAGUCUGACUAAAUAGGCCUAAUUUUUUCCAACUAAGUACAAAAAAAAAAACAAAAAAAAAAAAAUUGCCUGAAGGCAAACCUCUGUCUUAUGCCUGAAGGAAGGCAGAAUUUUGCCUUGUGGUGAAGGCAAAACUCUGCCUUGCAAAUCCAAACUCUACCUUGCGAUUUUUUUUAAAAAAAUUUUAUGGGGGUUGGAUUCCGAAACUAAGGAAUUUUUAGCGAAUGCCAAAAAUUAAAGACCAGUGCCUUUGAAGGACAAUCGUGCAAAUGACCCGCUAGUUGAUUUGCACCAUUCAGAUGAGUAGGCCCAACUUCUAAGCUUCUACAGAACUGUUACUUAGAGAAGCUCAAA